CGCGAAACUACAAAAACCCUCUUGAAUCUUAACCAUCUUACCUUGUGCUCUGUUCUCGAAUCGUGUUCUAAAAGAAAUCGAGAUUGCACUAUUGUUUUGGUUCCUACAUGCUCGCUCUUGGAACCUCAACAACACCUUUUGCUUUCUCUUCGUUGGGUAGAAGUUGAACAUGUGGUCAAGAUGCUUAUUGCCUAAUACAUAUGAUCACCAAAGAUAACAAGUGUUGUGGAAUUGCUAUGGACCCGUCUAUUGUGAAGCUUCCAGAAGAUGACGAGGAUGAAACAAUGCAUUCAGGGGUGGAUUUGGAAGCCUUCCAGGCUGCCCUAAAUAGAGAUAUAGGAGAUGUGUCUACUUCUUAGUUUUCUGGUUCAGAUUCAGUUUUGUCUCAAGGAAGCAAUAAUACAUCUAGUAAAUCUUUACCCCAGUGGCCUACUUCUAACCAUGACAGCCAAACUGACUCUCAAAAUCAAGAACCUAAAACUGCACAACAGCAAGAGCAACCUUCAUCAGAGAUGGAGCUAAAGCAACAUGGAUGUCGUGUGGAACAACUACAGCAUGUUGCUUCUCAGGACGUAAAUAAUCCUCUUUUGUCACAGAAACAAUCUCAAGAUGAAUGUCACCAAGCGCCGGCUGUACAAGUUUCUCUUCAAAAUUCUCAAGCUAUCAGAAUUCAGAAUUCAGGAAAAGAUCCUGUCCUUAAUAAUGAAGUAGGAAAGAAUCAUAACCCCAACAGUGAAUCUCAGUAUGCCAAAUUGCAGCAGAUGAGUAAUCAACAGGCUACAGUCCCUGAGCAGCCAAGUACCCCAGGGAAUCAUAGUAAACAAGUACCAUUUGCUCUGUUGCUACCCAUCUUGAUUCCUCAACUUCCCAAAGACAGAGCCAUGCAACUUCAAACCUUAUUUGCCAAGUUGAAGAAAGAUAAAAUACCGAAAGACAGUUUUGUGCGGCUUAUGAAAGGCAUUGUAGGGGACAAGAUGCUUAGAUUAGCAAUAGCAACGGUCCAAAUGCAACCACAGACAAGGCCCAAUCAAGCAUCUGUAGGGCAGCAGCACCCUGUGAGGAUGCCAAAUGGUAGUUCAGGUGCAAGGCAAUUGAAUGAUCCCCAUGCUUUAGCACAGAUGCAUCAGAGAAGUAUGAAUGCUUCUGUUGACCAAUCUCGCAUGACUUCUUCAGCUGGCCAAACUAUGGAGAGCAAUGCUAGAAAAUCUCAGGAAUUGGAUGUUAAAAUAGAAUCUCAAGGAUUGCAACCAAGCCAAUUGCCAUCUUCCACUUCAACCACAGUUGGUCAAGAAGCAGAAAGAUCAUCAGUUCACAUACAAGGGCUUAAUAAGCAGCAGCAACAACAUCUACAUUUCCCAUCAGCAUAUGGAAAUAGUGGUGGUAACUAUAGCCCUUUUUCCAUGACAACCAGUAGUUCCACUUCAUCUAUCAAACCACAACCGCAUGAUUCACACAUUAGUCAAAUUUCACAUCACAGUAUUGGUUCAAAUCACUUAGGUGGGUCAACACAUGGUAUGAAUGUAAUUGGUAUGCCAAAACUUGAACAGCAUAAUUCUUUCCAUGAUCCCAAGAGGCUGCCAGGUGGAUCUGUGUCUUCUGCUGUAAACCAUACAGCAUCUCAACAAACUUCAAAUGCUUGGCAACCAUCAAUAAACAAAGAACAAAAUCUGGGCUUAAUGUCAUCUGUUUCUUAUGUCAAAAAGGAACCUAGUGACUUGUCUACAGAGCAGCAAAAUAGGCAUAAUUUGACUAAAUUGCAUGGGUAUUCUUCUGUUAAUUCUGCUCAGAUUGAACAGGGUGGUGCUAGUCAAGGAAUUGUAAAGGAUGAGUUUUCAAGAGGUCUUCCAGCAUCCACAACUAUGCCACCUACAACAUCUUCUGGGUUGUUGCCACACAGUUCUGCCUCCCCUUCUGCAAUGACCCAACUAGACCCUAGUGUCUCGCUAUGCUCUCAGAUUCCAUCAAAUGCUUCUGGAAUUGUUGCAAGGACACCUCCUAAAAAGCCUGCUGUUGCCCAAAAGAAACCACUUGAAGCACUUGGUUCCUCACCUCCUCCUCCAAGUAAAAAACAAAAAGCUUCUGGAGGAUCUGUAGAACAAAGCAUUGAACAACUGAAUGACGUCACUGCUGUUAGUGGAGUUGACCUCAGGGAAGAGGAAGAGCAGUUAUUUUCAGGGCCCAAAGAGGAUAGUCGAGUUUCAGAAGCUUCUCGAAAGGCUGUGCAAGAAGAAGAGGAAAGGCUGAUUUUGCAAAAAGCUCCAUUGCAAAAAAAAUUAAUUGACAUCAUGGCCAAGUGUGGCUUGAAGGGUAUGAGCAAUGAUGUGGAGAAAUGCUUGUCACUGUGCGUGGAGGAAAGGAUGCGUGGACUGAUAAGUAAUCUGAUUAGAAUAUCAAAACAGAGAGUUGAUUUUGAGAAAACAAGACAUCGGACUGUUGUCACUUCAGAUGUUCGGCAGCAAAUCAUGAUGAUAAAUAGGAAAGUAAGGGAAGAGUGGGAGAAAAAACAGGCAGAAGCAGAUAAGCUUCGGAAACUAAAUGAUGCUGAGAGCAAUACUGGAAUUGAUGGUGACAAGGAGAAGGAUGAUGGUCGUUCUAAAUCAACUAAGGUGAACAAGGAAGAGGAUGACAAGAUGAGGACAAAUGCUGCAAAUGUUGCUGCUCGUGCUGCUUAUGGGGGAGAUGACAUGCUGUCAAAGUGGCAACUUAUGGCUGAGCAAGCCAAGCAGAAACGUGAAGGGGGGACGGACAUGUCAUCUAGUUCUCAACCAGCUAAAGAUGUGAACCGCAAAUCUUCAUCAACAUCUGGAAGAAGUAUGAAGGAUAGCCAAGAAGGGGAGAAAAAAAGUCUUUCAACUUCAGUGGCUGCUAGAAAACUUGGGAGGAGUCAUGCCAUUGCAUCUCAAACUAGGGUAGCUCGAAACAUCUCUGUCAAGGAUGUGAUUGCAGUCCUGGAGAGGGAACCCCAGAUGUCUAAAUCUCCACUCAUACAUCGCUUGUACGAGAAAAUUCAUUCUGAUGCCCCAGCUGAACAAGGUUAAAGAAAGUACCUAGGUGAUCUGGGUUUUUAUUAUUUUGUUGCUGAGCUUCUUAAUAUAUUAUGCUUUCCGAAGAAAAAGAAAGGUUUCCUUAAGUUUAAAUCGGCUGUUUUUGACUUGCACUACAUUUAACGGAGAUAGCUUUCCUGCUGAAUUUGAUUUUUCUCCUGUGUCCAUGAUCGCCUUGUGAGAUGUUUGCCUAGUUUUUGGUUCCGUUGUGUAUAUUCUUGUAUAAUCACUUGGUAAAUUUGGAAAUAGUGCAAUUAAACAGAAACCUUCCACUUGGCAGGCUUUUUA